CGGAAAGGAAGGAUGUUCAAACCAUUCAAGCCCCCACUCCGCAAGAGUGUUGCAAAGUCAGCUUCGGUUACUCCAAUUGAUCUCACCGAAUCGGAAGACGAACCCGUACACCGUCCGUACAAGAAACGAAAGUUACUGAUACAUAUCGUCGAAGACAGCUCGCCUCCAACGAAAGCCCCUCCAGCAUCAUCUGCUGUGCUCGCACCAAGAAAGCCGUUGCUUGUUGUCAAGAAUUCUAAUGAAUUGAAGUCUACCCAAGAUGCUCCUGCGGAAGGCCCUGAAGGGUAUUAUAUGGUUCUAUGGCGAAAAUUUACAGCGAAAAAACAUAAGACUUGGGAUGGAGAUGGAGUGCUUUCAGUAUAUGGUGGCUAUGCCCAUCUCCAAGACGUGUCGGGUCGAGAAAUAGGCAGAUGCAUGUACAAAGAGCCUCUGCUUCCAGGCAGUACCCUGAGCAUGGGAGGCAAGGAAAUCGAAGUCGACUCUGUCCUUAGCAAGGAGGACUUUCUAGCUGGACGGCCGUUUCUCAAGACCUCCGUAAAGCGCACACCAAGCACUGGCAGCAACUGUAGCCAAGUCACGAAGCCGCCGAAAGCACUAAUCAGUCUCCCCAAAGGCAAAAUGCCACUCCCUGGCUCGAAGAAAGGAGAGGCAUCCGAUAUGGAGAUUCCUGCCAAGAGUUUCUACGCGCACAAAAGUGCUGCCACGAAGGCGCAUUUCAAGAACCCUCUUCUGGCCACCACCAUAAUGCCACCGAAGAAGACCGGCGGACCUACGCCACGACAUGACCCCAAUGCCGAGGGGGCUUUGGUUAUGAAGAGACCUAGGGACUGUCCUAGCGGCAAGGAAAUUGUCGAUAUUGUUCUAGACCCAUUUCUGGGCCAACAUCUCAGAGAGCACCAGCGAGAAGGUGUUAAGUUCAUGUACGAGUGUGUCAUGGGAAUGCGAGAUUUCAACGGGCAAGGUGCUAUUUUAGCCGACGAGAUGGGUUUAGGCAAGACUUUGCAGACCAUCGCUUUAUUGUGGACCCUCUUGAAGCAGAACCCAAUCCAUGGAACCGAGGGUGUCAUCAAGAAAGCAUUGAUCGUUUGUCCUGUCACAUUGAUCACCAAUUGGAAGAAAGAAUUCCGGAAAUGGCUAGGCAAUGAGAGGCUUGGUGUUUUCGUUGCGGAUGGUCAGAAGAUCAAGCUCGCUGAUUUCACGCACGGAAAAAGCUAUAGUGUCAUGAUUAUUGGGUACGAGAAGCUCAGAUCUGUGCAGGACGAGCUCAAGAAAGGAGCUGGAAUCGAUAUUGUCGUCGCAGACGAGGGGCAUCGACUCAAGACGGCGCAAAACAAAUCAGCGCAGGCUAUCCGAUCACUAAAUACCCCUAUGCGAAUCAUCCUAUCCGGAACACCAAUGCAGAAUGACCUGUCUGAGUUCUACGAGAUGGUAGACUUUGUCAAUCCUGGCCUCCUCGGUACUGCAAAUACUUUCAAGAAGGAGUUCGAGGGCCCGAUAUUGAAGAGCCGACAGCCGGAGGCUUCGAAGAAGGAUAUCGAGAAAGGGACCGCCAGGGGAGAAGAACUUUCAUCCUUAACGAAGACUUUUAUCUUACGACGGACCGCCGAGAUUCUAUCGAAAUAUCUACCACCGAAGACUGAAUACGUGCUCUUCUGCCAACCAACACAAGCCCAGGUACAAGUCUACCAACAUGUUCUUGCUUCACCCUUCUUUGGCAAGGUUCUGGGUCUAGGUGGCUCAGAAGCUUCACUUCAGCUCAUCACUCUGCUCAAGAAAGUUUGCAAUGCUCCGAGGUUGUUGAUGAAAAGGGACGAGAAUGCACCAAGCAAUUCGAAUGUCGCUGAGUUGCUAGAAGCUAUCCCAUCAGAGAUCCUUCAGCAAGUAUCAGUGAAAUCUAGCACUAAAUUCAGGGUGCUCGAUCAGAUGUUGAAGUGUCUUGCUAAGACAACUGAGAAAAUUGUACUUGUUUCGAAUUACACUUCGACACUGGAUCUCCUUGGCCAACACCUGGCAUCUUUAUCACUUCCAUUUCUCCGUCUUGAUGGUAGCACUCCCGCUGCUAAGCUUCAAGACCUUGUUGAUACUUUCAAUCGAACGCCUGCAUCCAAAAGCUUUGCUUUCUUGCUUUCUGCAAAGUCAGGUGGUGCUGGCAUCAACCUCAUCGGUGCUUCACGGCUGAUUCUCUUUGAUGUGGACUGGAACCCGGCUACAGACUUGCAAGCGAUGGCUCGUAUCCACCGAGAUGGUCAGAAGAAGCCUGUGAAGAUCUACAGGUUCUUGAUGGCUGGAGGUAUGGACGAGAAGAUUUAUCAGCGACAGGUGACUAAGAUGGGACUUGCUGACAGUGUCGUCGACGGAAAGAAGAAUGAAGCGAGCUUCACCGCUCAAGAAUUACGAGACUUGUUCACGCUCAAAGAGAGCAUAGCUUGUCAGACUCAUGAACUCCUUGGGUGCGACUGCAAGGGCCUAGGUACUGAUCCACGCCCCCUGUCUAGUAUACCAGACCCUGUCGAAGUCGACGAAGGUGAUGAUGGUUUAGAGGAUAGUGACGAUGAUAUGUUGUUUCCUCCUAUUCACGAAGUGGUUGCCGCAACGAAGGCCAACGUGGAAGCACUGAACAAGAAACUCGCUGCGGAGGCAAAGGAGAACAGAUGCAAGAAAGCAAAGGGCAAGAUGCAAGCUCUGAUGCUUUACCGACACAUCAAUACAAACAUUUUUAAGGGAGAGACUGAGGAUGUAUUCGGCUACGAACACGAUGAGGUGACAAAUGUGAAGAGAGCACUGGAUGAUGAUGUGUUGGUCAAGGUGUUACAAGACCAGAAUUGCAAGAUUGGCUUUGUCUUCGCUAAGAGGGAUAGAGGUUAGAUCAUGGGAUGUAGUACUGCAUGGCAAUGGCGCUUAAGAGAGGGUAUAUGAUGGCUAUCUGAUAGAAAGAGGCGCAUAGACUUACAUGGCUUAAAUAUAGAGAUUGUGUACAGCGCUCUUGCUCUGGCAAUAACACGACAAAACUCUCAGUCGCAGGCGUUACCGUGGGGCAAGGAUUCAGUCUAUUGCGAUGUGGAAUUCAGACCCUGGACACAUAUCCUUCGUCCAGCUGAAAAAAAUACAAUCGAG